AGUGAUGCUUGCUUGCACUUCCAUGAUCUGACUGGAGGCCAAGCUUGGGCAUAGCUGCUCUAUUGAACACCGACUGUGGACUUCUACUUAAUCAAGGGGAAGGUCCAGCCGGGUGUACUCGGCCUACUCUGUCAUUCAAUAUGAACUCAAGCCGGAACUCGCGUCCGGCUUGGGGCUCCCCACCUCCCGAAUCGCCUUUAGCGCUUCCUCCAGCCUCGAGUGUCUUCCAGCUAUCAAGCCGCAUGGCGGAACCAGCUCGCCCAUCGAAACCAGAUAGUGAAAAGGAGGAGCUACGUGUCCAGGUCAACACGCUGAAGUAUGAGUUGGAGAACUUCAAGCAAGAGCGAGAUUUGAUGGUACUGCGCCAUGAGAAAGAGCUGCGGGAAUUGCAAUUGAAGGCAGACGCGGACUUCCGCAAAGCUCAGUUAGCCGAGUCAUCCAGUCACCGUGCUAGUCACAAGAGCGAGACUCUUGCGAAAGAGUUGAAAGAGGUACAGGACACUGCUCUCAACGAGAAAGCCGAUCUGGAACGAAAACUUCGGACCCUUCAAGACCAGAAUCAGUCUUUGCAGGAAGACGUCGACGAUACCAAUGCGCAACUUCUCGACCAGGAACGACAGUAUAAAUAUCAGGUCAAUGAGUUGGAAACGAUCCGAUCAUCACUUCAGAAGACGCUGGAAGAGUUGCAAACCGAUCUGCAGAAUAUAGGAAUUAAUAUGCAUAGCACCCAAGCGAAGCUGCAGGAACGGGAAACGGAAGUCGCGCACCUGGAAUCGGAAAACCUCCGCCUCAAGGCUGAGGGAAGCGACACUGAGGCACUGUCGGUUCUUAAGCGGGAAUUAUCGGACCAAGUCAACCACAUUAGAAACUUGGAGACUACGAAUCGUGAACAGACUAUCGAGCUACGGCAUCUGCGGAAAGUCCAGAAGAAUGUGGAAGUGGUAGAAGAGCAGAAGCGAUCGUUGGAGAACCAGCUGCAGCUGAUGAAAGCUGUGGAGUCUGAGCUUGGCACCGCUCAGAUCCAGAUGCAAAUACUUGAAGACGAGCGACGGUCUUGGACCAGUCUUCUACAGCACAAUGACCAGCCGGCAGAGCUCGAUUCUCCGGAAUCGGUUGUCAAAGCUCUCUUACAAGAGCGGAUUGAGAAGGCCACCCUUGUUGACAAGCUGGGAAGCAUCGAAGCCGGGUCUCUGGAGAAGGAGGAGCAAAUUCGAAGCUUGGAGGCCGAAAAGACCAACCUGCGGCAGGAAAUAGAGAAUCUCCGUGCGGCUGCCUCUGCAGCUGGCGGAGCCAUUGCUGAGAGCCGCAUAAAAUCCCGCCUCGAGAGGCAGCGCACUCUCGCUGUCAAGGAAGUCGAGUAUCUUCGUGCCCAACUGAAGACCUUUGACACCGAAGAGGAGACAAUGAACGCCGAACAGAGUCAAUUCGACCAGCAUAAAUCCGAGCAGAUCGCUACUCUAGAGAAGCUUGUCGAUGAAUACAGAGUUGAAUUGGCUAAGGCGCACGAGGAGCUUUCCCAACGCGAAUCGGCGCCGGCGGGACAGCAAGACGAGCCGCAGCAUCCGCGCGGAGUCAAGCGACCUCUCUCGCCUGCGGAUAGUGACGCCGAGAGCGAACGUCUCUCAGUCUUGUCCCGCAAGAACCGGACUCUACAGGAGUCGCUCACGAAAUCCGAGCAGGCCGUGACUCUUCUACGCAGAGAGCUCGAGGCCGCGAAAUCGCAGCUGAGAUCCCUCAAGGCCAAGUCGCGUACUCGCAUCCUCGAACUGCGUGACAACCCCACGGCAGAGGCCGAAAACCUCAAGAUGUCGACCAUCAGGAUCCUUAAGGCCGAAAACCAGGAUCUGCUCGCCCAGCUGCACGGUAACCACGCGGACGUCAAAGUCGUCCCCGUCAGCACCCUCGAGAGCAUGAAGCUGGACAUCCAGGAUAUGGAGCGAGUCGUCGCCGACAAGGAGAAGCGGAUGCGCCGCCUGAAAGAAAUCUGGACUGCCAAGUCGUCCGAGUUCCGUGAAGCGGUCGCGUCCCUCCUGGGAUACAAACUGGAUUUCCUGCCCAACGGCCGGGUGCGUGUGACGUCCAUGUUCCACCUCUCACCUGCGUACAGACAUGGUGACCGUGAUGGGCUUUCGGACUCCCAGGCACCGGGAAGCAUGGGCAAUGGCGAGGAAAGUUCCAUCAUCUUCGACGGCGAGAACGGGACCAUGAAGAUCUCUGGUGGCCCGAAUAGCCUCUUUGCCAUGGAGAUCAGGCCUCUUGUCAAAUUCUGGGUUGAAGAGCGUAAGGACAUACCCUGCUUUCUAGCCGCAAUGACGCUAGAUUUCUAUGACAAGACGACAAGGGCGGCGCGUAUGUAAGAUUUCCUUGGCUCGUGUAGUAAACUCUCCACCUCCAAGUCUCUGUUCGAUUGUAUCUCGAUAGCUGAAAUGAUUCCCCGGCACAAGAGUCUCUGGUGCCAUUUUCUUUCAUGAGCUUUGAGCAUCGAUAAUCAGUAGACAUUCUGG